GGCAGCGGCUGGACGUGCCGACUACAACAAUGAACGUCAGCAGCGUGCGUCCCCCGUGCGCUCGAGACUUGGGUUGAAGUUUAUUCCCGAACAAACUGAUCGCUAAAUUCACUAUAUGUGCUCGUAGGACAGAGGUGUCCAAGGCUUGGGGUUAAAUGGAGCUGGAGGACCAGUGGUGGAAGGGACAGCUGGCAACGGACAUCUAUCAGGCGCUACGGUACAAAGAACUGAAGCUGCCUACAUUCAAAGGCCAGUCUCCUCAGCUGAAUCUGAGACGGUACUUCGCAGACCUCAUCGCCAUCGUCAGUAACAGGUUUAGACUCUGCCCCACAGCACGACAUCUGGCUGUUUACCUCCUCGACCUCUUCAUGGACCGAUAUGAAGUCACCGUGCAGCAGCUACACAUGGUCUCCCUCUCCUGUUUGCUCCUCGCCAGUAAGUUUGAAGAGCGUGAGGACCGCGUGCCAAUGCUGGACUCUCUGAACACUCUGGGUUGUAUGACGUCCAUGAACCUGGUGCUGACCAAACAGAGCCUUCUGCACAUGGAGCUGCUGCUGCUGGAGACGUUUCAGUGGAACCUGUACCUCCCGACUGCUGCCCACUUCAUCGACUACUACCUCUCUGUGUCUGUGCACGAGGGUGACCUGCACGAUGGCUGGCCCAUGACCUGCAUCGACAAAACACGCCUCUACAUGGCCAAGUACGCAGAUUACUUCCUGGAGGUGUCACUGCAAGAUCAUGUGUUCUUGUGCUUCGUACCUUCCUUGGUAGCGGCUGCGUGUGUGGCUUCCUCUCGUCUUGUUCUUCACCUGUCGCCCACCUGGCCACAACGUCUGCAACGGCACACGGGAUACUCCUGGGACAACCUGGUGUCCUGUGCCGAGAAACUGCUCAUUGCCCACGACAGUGAUGUGAAAGAGGCCAACAAGCAGAAAACCCAGCCCCCUGCCCCCCCUCCUCAGCAGCAGCCCCAGACAACCUACCACAAUUCGGGUCAGAGCGCCAGCGUGGGCCCUUACCUCCACCGCUCCAACCUCCAGUACCCUCAGGUUGUCUCCCAGCCCACGCUGAACCCCACUCACCAUCUGGGGACAGCCUACCUCAGCCACACAGCCUCCUCCACCACCUCUGGUCCUCAGCACACCAGCACUCAGCCCGUCACAGCUGCGAUUGAACCCAAAACUAACGCCUCUAACAGGGCAUACCAAGUCAGUAUGCACUACUCCUGUCCGGCCCCGUGUUUUGACAGGUGAAGUCAAUGUCAAGCCAUUAUUUGGAAGAAAAGAUAUUAGAUAAUGUAUGGUUUUCUAAAAGGUGCACUAGGUAAGUUUUUGGAGGAAGGCCUGUUUGUUUCCAUGGUAUUGCAUUAAACAUGUAGGUUCAUGAAGACUAGAACAUGAUGCCACAAUGCCAGCAUUUAACACCAUACUGUGGAACAUUCUGGUCAAAGUAAUAUCUCCAUGGAGACAAGCACGUGGCAGACCCUCCUCCAGAAAAGUUGCAUAGUGUACCUUUAAAGGUCUGGCUAUGUUAAGAAUUUUACAAAUGCAUAUUUUGUUUAACUUUUUUUGUCCGCACAUUUUCAAGCUGCAUGAACAACACUUUUAACCACCUAAUAAAGUGGAUUUAUUUUUGAGAGGCAGGGCUGGAUAGACCUAUCAAUGCCUUUUGCCAUUGAAACAGAUUUUUCGUUUAAAAUAUUGUUUACAAACUACACCAGUCAGUUAUGCUCCUAAAAUAAUGAAUUCUUUGUGCAAACUAUAUAGACAUUUAUAAAGCAAGAAGUAUUAAAAUUUCUAGCAAAGGGGGUAAAUAGAUUAGUAGUGCACGUUUAGAGUUUGCAUUAAAAUUCUGACCUCAAUUUUGAUAUUUUUUACUUUUUUCUAGGAGGAUAUAAAGACUAUAUAGCACCACUUUCCUCAAGUAAUAUUUUGGUUGUUUUGGUAAUUUAAAUUGGACGGUUUGUAUUCCAAUGAGGAGGUGGACUUUAAUGUAUGCUUAGUUUUACAGAAAAAAAAGAUGGCAUAAGAUAUAAUUUGCCAUAAGAUCUUUUCGAAGCAUAAUAUUUUGACUCAAUGUGAAUUUUUUGGUGCCUUGUUUAUACAGAGGAGAUAUGUUACCUGGGCAUUAAGAUGCGUUUACACUUGCACAUGAACCAAUUGGGACAAAACUGAGACUAAAGCUUCAUUCACACAUAAUUCCCAAUCCAUUUCUGGGUAGAAAUUUCCAGAACACUGCCUCCCAUUUACACAUGUAUCAGACCCAGAACAUGGUUUGCUCUGUUCACACAUAACCUGGUAUUUGGCUCUAUGCAUUCUCUCACAUAGCAACACACUGCUACGUCAUUUAAAUUGAACCAGAAUGGGACAUAACCACUUAGCAUAAUCAGGAAACCAAGCAAUGGUACUGUCAAUUUUCUGGCUUUAUUCACCCAUAAAUCUUCCCUGCAUAUUUCUAGUAAUUUAGCCAGGAAAUUUUAAUUGCAGUGAAACCAGUUCUGGAUUUGUUCACACGUGACGUAUGUGACAAGUGCAGGUAAAUCCCUGUGUCCAGCUGCAUGUGUGAAUCUGAACUAAACCUGGACUUGACCAGGUCUUAACCAGAACUAGAACAGAACCAAACCAAGUUUACAUUGACUCUAAACUGGGCUCAACCCAGGACCAAACAAGUGUAAAGGGUACCCCUAGAUUCCAUUUGUUUUUAAUUUGACCAAACUGCAUGAGAUUAGUGCUGCACUUUGAAACAAUGUGCAAUAAGAAGUGUCUGUAGCGCUUGCAUUUGGGGUAUGAUGAUAAUAAUAUCAGGGAUUAUAAUGGAGGUGAAUAGGGUAACUAUGCACCAUUUGAAAACAUUGCUGUAUUGUUUUGCCAUGCUGCAGACCAAAAAGCCUAGUAUUAUUUGAACCAAGAUGACCUCCAUAGUUUUGAAUGUAUACGUUGUGCCUACAGCCGCUUAAGGCCUUUUUGUAAUGAUGAUGGUUAUUACUUGACAUAGAAGGUAAUGUAGCACAGUUUAAAUAGGUGUUCUGUACCUAGAUUUUUGCUUUAUUUUUUGUUUUUGAUGAGUGUUGUGUGAGAGAAGAAUUUGAAGAAUGUAGUCCUCAAGAUGUUACAAUUUAUUUGGAAAAAAAGAAAAAAUGUUGCUCUUCUGAACUCAGAGGAUUUAGUCGGUGCUGUGCACUCGGAACAUUAUAGUUUUAAUAAAAUACAAUUCUGUGUUGAACUG